ACAAUGCAACCGAACUCGUACCGGAUUGGAUUCGCCUCUGCUCAUUUCCUAUAUGGACUCUCAUAGUCGGCCUCCGUUCUUUUAUCUUAAGUGCAUGUUGUUUCUGCGAAGCCUGAUCCAGAGCAUAUUCGCCUUGGACCUAAUCCGUCACAAUAUAUUACAUGUUCGCAUAUUGUUCUGGCAUCAAUUGUGGUUAUAAGUAGUUGUCCUGAUCGAUUAUAUUGCAGGGAAAUCUCGCCAAGACCGGCAACGAUGGCGAAGCUUGUGUUCUUCUUGGCGCUGCUGCUUUCUCACCUCGCCGUCUCGUCCACGGCGGAGAAGUUCGAUUUCUUCUACCUUGUUCAACAGUGGCCGGGCUCGUUCUGCGACACGCGGCAGGGUUGCUGCUUCCCGGACACGGGCAAGCCGGCGGCGGACUUCGGCAUCCACGGCCUGUGGCCCAACUACGCCAAGUGCCGGGGCCGCAUGGGCGGCGUCGCCCGCGCGGUGCUCGGCGACGACGCCUUCUUCUCCAUCGUCGGCCGGCGGGGUAGCAAGUGCUGGCCGGAGUACUGCAGCAACGGCAACCCGCUGAGCCCGUGGGAGAUCAGGGACCUCAUGACGUCCCUGGACCGGAACUGGCCGACGCUGUCGUGCAAGAGCGGGCGCAGCCUCGAGUUCUGGAGCUACGAGUGGAAGAAGCACGGCACGUGCUCGAACCUGGACCAGCACGAGUACUUCGAGGCCGCGCUGGCGCUCAAGGCGCGGCACAACCUGACGUCCAUCCUCGUGGGCGCCGGGAUCGUGCCGUCCGACACCAGGACGUACUUCCUCAGCAGCGUCAGGGACGCCAUCGCUGAGGGGACCGGGUUCAAGGCGAACCUGGAGUGCAACCGCGACGCGGACGGCGAGGCGCAGCUGUUCCAGGUGUACCAGUGCGUGGACCGACAGGGGGAGGAGCUCAUCGACUGCCCGUUGUCCAUGCCCAGCAAGUGCACCGACCGGGUCAAGCUGCCCGUCUUCUGAGUU